GCAGCUGGGUGAGGUACCUUCAUUUGGAGGCAGCAACAUUGAACCAAGUGUCCGCAGUUGCUUCCAACAUGGCCAGAACAAACCAGAGAUUGAUGUUAAACACUUUGUAGAGUGGAUGAGAUUGGAGCCUCAGUCCAUGGUGUGGCUGCCUGUUCGACACCGUGUGGCAGCUGCUGAAACUGCAAAACAUCAGGCUAAGUGUAACAUCUGCAAAGAGUACCCACUCGUAGGUUUCAGGUGCCGCAGCCUCAAACACUUAAAUUAUGACAUCUGCCGAAGCUGUUUCUUUUCGGGACGCACAUCCAAGGGGCACAAGUUACAUUACCCAAUGGUGGAGUACUGCACUUCAGUGAGUAAUACAUUGUUCCACUUGAUAGAAUUAUUCCGAUCUGUGGAAACUUAG